AUGAAUUUUUAUAGGGAAAAUAAAAAGUACGAAAAUGCUUAUUUACUAUAUAAAAAAAAAAAAAAAACUCGUUUUUCGAAUUUGGUGAGUCACGUAGAAAAUAAUAUAAUUGAGGGUAAAAGUACAACCGGCACCGGCGAACUGUCGUCCGAUCAGGAAUAUUUUAGAGACGCCAAGGGGUCGGUUGGUUCAAAUUCGAAUCAAUGGACGUCCCAAGGAGACUUUCGUCAAUCCCCGAUAAAUUACAGGCCGGGAAUCAGUCGAUCAUCGAAUAGAAAAUCCGAUUCAGGUCAGCAAACGGAUGCUAGUGCCUUUCGACCCAUUCAAAAUAAUCAAUGGAAAAAAUAUCAGAACGACGAACAAAACAAAACGGAUGAUCACAUUAUAAGAACGAGAGAGCGGAAAAGUCCCGUACCGAAUGGGGUAAGCAAAAAAAGUAAACCGGGUAAAGUUAUGGGAGUGAAAGAUGAUUCCGGAUGUAAGCAAAAUGGAAGUGAUCCAAAGGGAAAAGUCAAAGGAGUUCCUUUGAGUUUUGGUUACGUGAAACGUAGCACUACUAAUGGUGGAACGACACCCGCUGGAAAAUCGGAAACGAAAACGGCUCAAGUGUCAGCUGUGCCGAGGACGAAAGUAAAAGUUUCUGGAGGAACUCAAACAACGAGCGAUUUAGCUCAUUUUAAAUCUUAUUCACUCACUGGAGCAUCCGCCAAUCAAUUGUCUCAAUGUGUUCGUGAACGGCUUUUGGGGUCUCAAAGUUUACCAAAGCCAGGAUUGAUCGAUACAGAAAGUCUAGAAUCUCUUAGCUCUCUUCCGGCUCAACUUCAACACAGAGCUAGUUUAACACACACGAGACUUUUAUUAAACCAGCGAGAGGGAAGCGCGUCACCUAGUCACAGGUUAAAUAGAAGUAACAGUAUUAGAUCAACAAAAUCUGAAAAAUUAUAUCCUUCGAUGUUGCAAAGAUCCGAUGAUGCUGAUCCUUACUACGGCAUACCUAUUAACAGUAUGCCAUCCAAACAUAAUCAUGCAUCGCAACCCACGAGUCCUACACCCAGCCAACUGUCGCAAGGAGUUCAAGGUCGUUUUAAUUAUUCUCUUUCGCCCAUCAGUUCAUCGUCUUCUAGUCACGGUUUAAAUCGCGGAAACAUGACCAUUUACAAUCAUGGAAAUAUGUCUAAAAUACCCGGAAAUGACGAUGACAUUCAUGGUUCUUCCAUAAGUUUGGUUUCUACUGCUUCGUCACUUUACAGUACGGCAGAAGAAAAACAAGCACACGAAAUAAGAAAAUUACGAAAAGAGCUGCUCGAUUCUCAGGAAAAAGUUUAUACACUCACAAGUCAACUGUCGACCAACGCUCACGUGGUUUCGGCAUUUGAACAAUCCUUGUCGAGUAUGACGCAAAGACUUCAACAUUUGACUGCUACCACGGAAAAAAAAGAUCAAGAACUAUUGGAAUUGAGAAAAAAUAUCGAACUUUUAAGAAAGCAAAGCAAAGAAUUACAAAACUCUUCUUCAUCAAAUUUACCACCAGGAACUCCUUGUCUAUCCAAAAAGAACAUGCCCAAUUCUGAUGAUUUGAUUGUAAACGGUGCUUCUCCAAUGACUCGUCAAUUGUCCACGGAUUCCGUUUCAAGUUUGAAUUCUCUGUCGUCUGCUUGUAGCAUUUCGAGUUCGGCCAAUUGUUCAUCAGGGAAAUCGAAAAAGAAAAAGAAAGGAUGGUUGAGAAGUUCUUUUAGCAAAGCUUUUUCUCGUUCGCGUAAAAACAAAAAUGGAUCCGUAUCCGACGUUGAGGAUUUCAGGAGACUCCAAACAAACGGAGAUAUAAUUAACAACACAGAUAUUUCGGCUCCGUCAUCUCCGCUCCUCAACAAUCACGUUCUCAACACGAGCUCUCAAAAUUUAAAAGUCAGCCAGUCUUCAUCUGCAAUUUACAAAUCUAAAGAAGAAGAAGAAAUGUCCGAAUGCGAAUUGGUCGAAGAUCUUAAAAAACAACUCCGGGAAAAAGAUCUCGUUUUGACGGAUAUCCGGUUGGAAGCGCUAAGUUCGGCACAUCAAUUGGAAUCAUUGAAAGACACGGUGAUUAAGAUGAGGAACGAAUUGUUGAAUUUGAAACAAGACAAUGAAAGAUUACAAAGAAUAGUUACGAGUAAGUCACUCACGUCAUCUCAAAGUUCUGUUAACCAUUUAGGAAGUUUAGACAGAAGAUUUAGCCUGCAUGAAAAUUCUUUGGCGGCGCUUUCGAAUACUUUUGCUCAAGAAACCGAAGGCGGUAAACGCAUCCUCGUAUCGGUACUACUCGGUUCACACGGAGUUUUUCACAAAUACAUGGAAGACAAUUGCAAAUCUGAAACUGUGAUAGCCGCAAUUUACGUAAAUCCAAAAACUCAAUGGGAAAUGUUGGACAGCAUGGUUAGAAAAAUGUUCAAAGAAUACGUUCAAAGAUUGGAUCCGUCUUCGGGUCUCGGAUUAAGCGGAGAAUCAAUAUGGAGUUAUCACAUAGGAGAAAUAGUUCGUUACAAAGAUUCCGUUCUUCCGGAUCUCCUUCCGUAUGCUUAUUUAAUCGAAGAAGAAGACACACUUAAAAUAUGUUUAAAGGGAGCUAUCAACAAUGGAAGUUUAGACGCUUUAGCUUUUGAAACUCUUAUUCCAAAAUCCAUAAUUCAAAGGUAUGUUUCACUUCUUAGCGAACACAGAAGAAUAAUUCUAUGCGGACCAUCAGGCACUGGAAAAUCGUAUUUGGCUAAUAAAUUAUCGGAAUUUUUGGUAUCGAGAAUUGGAAAAGAAUCAAUGGCGGAAUCCAUCGCCACAUUUAACGUGGAUCACAAAAACAGUAAAGAAUUAAGACAAUAUUUGACAAAUGUAGCGGAGCAAUGCGAGAACAACGCCGGUGAUUUACCAUCCGUUAUUAUUUUGGAUAAUCUUCAUCAGGCUUCGUCGCUGGGUGAAGUUUUCAAUGGUUUCCUUAGUUCGAAAUACUCAAAGUGUCCUUUUAUAAUUGGUACGAUGAAUCAAGCGACUUGCUCCACUACAAAUUUACAAUUGCAUCAUAAUUUCAGGUGGAUACUAUGUGCCAAUCACAUGGAACCAGUAAAAGGUUUUCUUUCGCGGUAUCUUAGGCGACGAACCGUCGACAGCGAGUUGCGUGAUAAUGCACAUAACAAUGAUUUAGCCAGAGUUAUAGAAUGGAUACCAAAAGUGUGGCAUCACAUAAACAAAUUCAUUGAAAUGCACAAUUCCUCCGACAUGACAAUAGGACCGAGAUUGUUUCUUCUAUGUCCCAACAAUGCGGAAAACAGUCAGGUUUGGUUUACGGAUUUAUGGAACUACGCCGUCGUACCUUACUUGAUGGAUGCCGUCAGGGAAGGCCUUCAAUUGUAUGGUAAACGUGCAGCUUGGGAAGAUCCAACACAAUUCGUAAUCGACACCUAUCCUUGGGUCGAAGACUCUUCGAACGGAGGACCGGAGGCUCUGUUGAGAAUAAGACCAGAAGACGUUGGAUUCGAUAUGAACGGAAGUUCGGAUUCCAACCGAACGGCUUCAAAAACUACAUCGAACCAAUCUGACUCCGAUGGAGAUCCUUUGUUGAACAUGCUCAUGAGACUCCAAGAAGCGGCUAAUUACACGAGAGGACAAAUAAACGGCAAUGAAAAAAUCGAAAACAGACAAGGAAAACCCGAAUCCAUUCCGGAAAUUAUGGAAAAUUCGAAAACGUCGGAAUCCUGUUUUUAA